AUGGUAACAUCUGAUGGUGAUACCGGAAAAUCGUCUGAAGCAGAACCUGAGCAAGCUAAAGUCGACCUGUACGCUCUCACGGACAUACCGGACGAUGAUAUCAAAUGGAGAGACCUGUCAGAUCGACAACGGGUAAAAUGGGUCAUAACGGCAAUCCCGAAACCAGUACUUCUCAUCGGACUUCUGUACCUCUUUAUCUGCUCACUGGAUGCGCUAAGUGCUGCCUUCCAAUUGCUGGGAGGGAAGGCUGCCGGGGAAGCACUGUCCAAUAAUGAGGUACUUCAAAACCCUGUGGCGGGCCUCAUGAUUGGUGUCCUGGUGACCGUCCUUGUCCAGAGCUCUUCCACCUCCACAUCUAUUGUCGUGUCCAUGGUAUCCGCUGAAAUUCUGCAAGUAAAGCCAGCCAUACCGAUCAUAAUGGGAGCCAACAUUGGCACGACAGUGACAAAUACUAUUGUUGCGCUUGGACAAACUGCCGAUCGGAACCAGUUUCGGAGAGCAUUCGCAGCAGCUACUGUUCACGACAUGUUCAAUUGGUUGUGCGUUUUUGUAUUACUUCCGCUUGAGGUCAUAUCCGGGUAUCUGUUUGAAAUAUCAAAUGCAAUUAUACAGACAUUACCAAGCACUGAAAACAAUGGCACCGGGGACAACCCACAGUUCCUGAAAGCUCUCACCAAACCUCUAACAAGCAAGAUUGUAUCAUUGGACAGCAGUGCUAUAAAAAGAAUUGCCAAGGGAGAGGGCGCGGCUAAUCUAAGUAUAAUUAAAAAAGGGGAUCACCUGUUCUCGGACACCACGUGGAGUGACGCCGCCGUGGGUGCGCUGCUUUUGGCAGCAUCAUUACUUGUCCUUUGUACGUGCCUUGUCCUCAUUGUAAAGUUACUCCAUGCCAUCUUGAAGGGAAAGAUAGCACGACUCAUCCGUAAACUCUUUAAUGCUGAAUUUGACGGUUGUAUGGCAUUCUUGUCAGGCCUGGUAGCCAUUAUCGUAGGAGCAGGUCUAACCAUCCUUGUACAAAGCAGCUCUAUCUUCACGUCGGCGAUCACACCUCUGGUCGGUGUCGGCGUCAUCCACAUCGACCGGAUGUACCCACUGACCCUUGGGGCGAACAUCGGCACGACGGGGACCAGUAUUCUAGCAGCUCUGGCAUCCUCUGGAAACUUCUACGAAUCCUUUAAAUUGGCGCUAUGUCAUCUAUUCUUCAAUCUAACAGGAGUUUUUCUGUUUUACGUUAUUUAUCCCCUUCGAAAGCUGCCUAUCAAUGCCGCCAAAUACAUGGGCAACGUGAUAGCCGAGUACCGCUGGUUCGCAAUUGCAUAUUUGAUCCUUCUUUAUUUUCUGCUUCCAGGUCUCAUCUUUGCCAUUUCGCUAGCUGGACCGGAAUAUCUAAUGGCAUUCGGUAUCCCUGCUCUUGUUCUUAUUGUAUUGAUAACCGUUAUUAAUGUUCUUCAGAGUAAGCUACCGAAAGUCUUGCCUUCAAAACUACGGACAUGGAACUUUCUGCCCGAGUGGCUACGUUCCCUCGCCCCUUACGAUAGGUUCGUUGUUCGUGUUGGGAAAAUGUUUGUGUGUAAAUGUGGAAACAGUAACAUUGAAGAUAAUAAAGACAGUCUACCCGAGGAACAAUCCACCAACAGCUAUUAUCUCAAUGUAGAUUCAUUUCAAAAUAAGGCCUUUAGACCUGAUGAGAUUAAAGGAAUACAGAUAACGUCCGACACCAAACUUUGA